UAGACGUACUCGAAUGUGUAGAAGAAUUAGAAAUGCGUAGUUGAAAGGAACUCGAAUUAUUUCGCCACGGUACUAGGACGGGAACGUAGCCAGUUGGUACCACCGAAGUCACUCUGUACAAACCCACAGUACCUUGCAAUCGAUCGGCAAACAUCAACUAACACAAAACUCGCCCCAGUUUCAGGGAACGAACCGAAGAGAACGCAGAGAAGAGGAGAUAGAGAGAGAGGCAAGGCAAAUCGCGUUCCAUCACAGUGGUUGAUUCAAUGUUUAUAGCUGCGAACCUUUACACCAUGGAGAAUGGUUAAAAAUUGUACUUAUUUCACGGAUUGCAUAAUGAGUGUUUCUACCAGAGGAUUAUUAUUAUUUUUGUAAUUAUUAUCCGUGAUGAUAAACAGUGAAUCGGUUGUCAUGGUAAACUGAAAAUGUGAUUCAUCGAUGACUGCUAUGUCGAUGAUAAAAGUGAUCAAACCCGGCCGACAAGGCUGAUUUUUGUACUCUAAAGGGAAGGAACGGUGAUACAAGUAGAGAUAGGGACUUUUAAUUCCUAUCUCUCGCACCUGACCGCCCUUACUAACACAAUGCAUGGAUCUAUUCACGUAGUUAAAGUUUUGAUUUUUGGAAUUUUUCUUCUCCUUGUGGAAUCUGUUGUUGGAAAGCACUUCACUGACCUAUGGGCUGUGUAUAUAAAAGGGGGCGAAGAGAUGGCCAAGGCCGUAGCUGCCCGUCAUGGAUUUAUUUACGUUGGACAGAUCAUGCCAGACUACUACCAUUUUCAACACAGGAAAGUAGCCAAGAGGUCUACGUUCGCCAGCACCCAUUACCACCAGCCUCUAGCAGAAGAUAGUGACGUGCUUUGGGUCGAGCAACAAGUGGCCAAGAGUCGGCAGAAGAGAAACGUGGCCUUUAAUGAUCCUAAAUGGCCGUUAAUGUGGUAUUUGAACCGAGGCAGUGGUCUAGACAUGAAUGUACUGAAAGCCUGGGAUAUGGGAUAUACUGGUAAAGGUGUAGUGGUCACCAUUCUGGAUGAUGGCAUUGAAAAAGAUCACCCUGACCUCAGCCGGAACUAUGACCCUAACGCUAGCUAUGACGUGAAUGGCCACGAUCCUGACCCACAGCCGCGGUAUGAUUAUAGCAAUGAGAACAGACAUGGGACUCGUUGUGCCGGGGAAGUUGCGGCCCACGCUGACAACAAUGUCUGUGGCCUUGGCGUGGCUUACAAUGCCAGAAUCGGAGGUGUGCGGAUGUUAGAUGGCGAUGUUACUGACUCUGUGGAAGCCCAGUCCCUGGGGCUCAAUUUUGAUCAUAUUCACAUUUAUAGCGCCAGCUGGGGUCCAGAUGAUGAUGGAAGAACUGUGGACGGGCCAGCAACACUUGCUCGGAAAGCAUUUUAUGAUGGAAUUACCAGGGGUCGUAAAGGUCUAGGCUCCAUCUAUGUCUGGGCCAGUGGAAAUGGUGGCAGAGAUUCAGACAACUGCAAUUGUGAUGGGUACACCAACAGCAUCUACACCAUCUCCAUCAGCAGCGCUACAGAGAAUGGGCACAUUCCAUGGUACUCAGAAGCUUGUUCCUCCACCCUGGCCACAACCUACAGCAGUGGUUCUGGUGGAGAGAAACAGAUUGUGACAACAGACUUGAGGAAAAGUUGUACAGAAACUCACACUGGGACCUCAGGAAGUGCACCACUUGCUGCUGGAAUAAUAGCACUGGCACUAGAGGCUAACCCAAUGUUGACCUGGCGAGACAUGCAACACAUUGUCGUGGAAACAGCUAAAGCAGACAAUCUGAAUGCUCCAGACUGGGCUUUUAAUGGAGUUGGGAAAAAAGUGAGCCAUUCCUUUGGUUUUGGUCUGAUGGACGCAGCAGCGAUGGUAUCUUUGGCUCGGAACUGGACCACAGUACCUGCACAGCAUAUCUGUGAAAUACGUUGCUCAGACCACAAUAGUCGCAUUAUUCCAACCAAUGGUAAGAUAUUUGUCCCACUAACUACAGAUGGCUGUGAACAUACUGUCAACCAUGUCAAAUACCUGGAGCAUGUCCAAGCUCGUAUCACGCUCAGCUCCUACCGCCGUGGCGAAAUUAGAAUUUUCCUCUCCUCUCCCUCUAACACCCGCUCCACACUCUUGGCCAAACGCACGAGAGAUGUGUCGAAGGAGGGUUUCAACAACUGGGCUUUCAUGACCACUCACAACUGGGGAGAACCAGCUAAAGGGCAGUGGACUUUAGAAAUUGAAAAUGGGGCUAGCAUAGCUCGACCAGUCAAGUUGCGAGAUUGGGUACUGGUACUGUACGGCACAGACUCUCCCCCACGCAAGAGCCCCACAUCAGCUCGUAGCCCUCAUUAUGACUAUGGGGUGCACUAUAACGUAAAUGAACCACCCAGACCUGUUGACAGGACAAAGACUACCUUCACUUACGAUGACCCCAUGUACAAUACUGACGAAGACGAGGACUACUACCAGAAAACCCCAGCCCCGCUGACGACAAGGCCGCCAACUACCACCACUACAAAAAGCACAACGCCCUUCUACCAGGCCUAUCAAGGAAACAGAAAGCAGUCGGUUGACUCACCACAUUACCCUACCCACAACCGUAAGAAUUCGGAUUAUAAUAGGGAACGUUAUUACCCCACCUAUGCACCAUAUAUUAACCAGGCCCACUGGUAUGACACUCAGCAGCAUCACCAUUCUCACCCAGAGCAUACUUGCAUUUAUGAAACCUUAGCCAAAAAGUCCAACGUGUCUGUCUUGCAAACUGUUCGCAAAAGGCGCCCCCAACUAACCCCAGCUGAACUUAAGGAGUGGACAUUGGUCAUGAUGGGAACAUCUCCUCACCUAACAAAGCGCAAUGGAAGUACUCAGAGCGGCUCCAACAAUGCUACCAGUGAUGGUAGUUUCACCUGCGCAGGUGUUACUUCCAAUGGUAUAUGUAUAGAGUGUAAGCCUGGCUACUUCAAGAUGGGGGAGCAUUGCGUGGCUCACUGCCCUCAACAUUACUUCGGCAGUGUCCAAGGGUCCAAAUCCAUGUUGCACUCUCAAGGUGAGUGUAAACUCUGCCAUGACUCCUGCCUGAACUGCAAAGGAUCAAAGCCCACUGAUUGCUUCCAAUGUGCCUCAGGGUUUGAAAGGAAAGGAGACGUUUGUGAGAAGAAAAUGAUCUGGGACCUUCUAGACCCAGAUGUAAUGAAGCAUUUAGCCUGGGCCAUUAUUCUGUGUAUAGCUGCCAUACUCCUUUUUAGUGUUGUGUUUGGGAUACUCCAAGCAAGAGAAAGAGGACGGCUGUGUUGGAAAAAUAAGCCAAACUACGUGCCAGACUGGGGUAAAGGUCACUAUGAUGGGGUCACACCAAACUUGGCUAUGCAUGACCGUGACAUGGAAGCAGAGUUCUCUCUCCCUGCCAAAACACAUACAUUAUUUUCCCAGGCCAUAGGCUAUAAACAUCAGCGCUGCAGUAACCGACCUGGUCAAUUCGUUUGAUAAUUAAAGCCAUACACUGUAACAUAGCUGUCAAAGGUACCAACACCUUGUGACCUAGAACUCUUAGGAACAAGUAAAUAUAGUACCAACUUCCAUAGAACAUGGCUUAGUCACCUGCAUAAUUAUAUAACCAUGUACUGCAAUCUACUGUAAGUUGGCUUUAGCUGGACACAUCAUCAACACCAGAAUGGGUUUUUUUAUGUAUUGUAAGUGCCCACCUUUGUUAGUCCAUUGAAUUCAGGGAAAAGUAAUUGUCAUAAAUCCAAACUCUUCCCCUUUAUCUGUGGACAAGAGAAUUGUCCACAAGAAGACGUAAAGGAAUAGUUUUUUUUUUGCUUUUCUUUGUGCUUGAUCUUCUCUCUCUCUCUCUCUCUUUGUUUGUUUUUUUAAAAGCUUUAAACUUUGCAUUUAAAAGAAAUGGCCACUAUUUGUUUUCUCCACAUUUUGUCAUUGGUGAAAGCAGAUUUCAGUUGAGUGGCCUUUCUAGUUCAAAUUUUUAUUUCUAGAACUGUUUGUAUGACUGGGACAUUGGUGUUCAGAGAGAGAGUUUGUGGUGACUUAUUGACCUGCUAAAGCCUGAGGUCACUUGAGUACCUGCACAGUAUGUGGUCACUUAGGCAUCUUCUUUAUUCUGUAGUCAUUUACCUGCUACAGAAUGUAGUCAUAGAAAAACCUGCCACAGACUGGUUAUAGAGAAACCUGCUUCAGCCUGUAGUUACAUAGAAAUCUGCUAUAACCUUUGGAGAGAACUGUGACUGCCUGUGGGGAUCUAACUACCUGUUACUGAAUGUGGUCACUACCACAGCUUGUGAUCAACUAAUGACCAGUUACAACUUUUGGUCAAUAAGAUCUAAUACUGUCAGUGGUCACACAUUACUCUUCAAAAGUAACAUAGUUGCCAGAUAAGUCUUUUAGAAAACAUAGUCAAGUCCUACAAGCAAUACACUGUAACCCCAGCAAUACAUUUUGUGUAGUAUUUAUGUUUCACACAUAAAAGUGUAAAAUUGGUGUUUAAUGUGUUCAAAUUUGUGGAACUUUAAAUGUAUACAAUCUUUUAGUAAGAAAGCUUGACAUUUAAGUUAAAAGUUAUAUAGAAAUAUUAGUAUAUGCUAAGUUUUCUGAUUACUUAGAAGUAUUUAGAAUCAAUAAUCUUAUGAAAGAGACUUCUGGCCCUUUUUUUAUUUGGCAUCAGCCGCUAUUGUACAAGUUAAUUAUUUAUAACCAGGGGAACAAUAUUUUUAUUUGAAAAAUUGGCUACAACACAAAUGUGACUCUAUAUUUAGAUGAAUUCAUUAAUGCUAGAUCAAUUAAUAACCUGCUCUAAGGGACUGAAAAGUCCAUGAUAUUUUUAUAUUCUAUUCUAAAAGAUUGAAAACUCAAUGACAAAUUCAUAAUUCUAUUCUAAAAGAUUAAAAAAUUCAAUGACAAAUUCAUAAUUCUAUUCUAAAAGAUUGAAAACUCAAUGAUAAAUUCAUAAUUCUAUUCGAAAAGAUUGAAAACUCAAUGAUAAAUUCAUAAUUCUAUUCCAAGGGAUUGAAAAAAACAUUUUUUUGUCUCCUGUUUAUUUCUAAAUCUGAUCUUGGCAAGUACUUUGUGUGUAACUCCAUCGGUGCUACUAUAUUUUGUUAGUACUACUGUACUGAUACCAGUCUGUUAUCAUGACCAGUGAGUGUGACAUCAUGAUAUUGGUUAGGAAGACAUUUGAUUGUUGUCACUUUUUAUGUAUAGAUUUUUUUUUACAUUUGUAAUUAAUUUAUUGUUUUUAUAAAUAAUAUAAUUCUAGUCUAAUUAUAUAUUAUUGCUUUUACAAAUCAAGUCAGUAAGAAAGGCAAUGAAUGAAAACAAAAAUUGCUUCACAUCAAAACUUUUGUUGGGAACAUGUUUCAAACUGAGCAUAGAGUCAACCUGAAACACUUUACCAAACAUAUUUUGUUUUGGAAAUUGCUUUUUUUUUUUUAAUAACUUCCUCGGAUGACAUAGCUUGGUAAACAUUAGUAUAAUUAUUGUAUGCUGAAUUAGUCCCAGCAUCUUUGCUACAUUUAACUAGCUUCAGAUAUCUUCACCACAAUAAGUCCAAAUAUCUUCACCACUUUCCUGGAUCCCAGCAUCUUCAGUACAUUUACCUAAAUGCCAGGAUCUCCACCAGACAUAACUUGAUAACAAAUGUUCCUAAUGAGUUAAAGCUGUUUAAGAUUCAAUUAUCCAAGCUUGCUUUGAAAAGUUUUAUAUCAAGAGUGUAGCUUAAAAAAAAUUAAGUUAUUCAAGGACAUCUCCAGAGCUUGACUUUUCCUAAAUAUUAAAAUUAUUGUAUCAGAGCUUGAAAUAAAAUGUAGAACAAAAAUUUUUUAAUAUCUGAAAAGGUGUAUUAAUCUAUUUUUUUUAAAUUCUGUUUAAUUAUUUUAUACUUAAUCAAUGAGCUAUUUUAAUUUGCUUAGUUACCAAAGACAAUACAAAAAAUGCUAAUGUAUUAAACAUAAACUUUGAUAAAUAAUGUAUUGCCUACUUAAAGUAUAUUUAAUAAUUCAGUAUUAAGACUCUGUACUUAGGUCAGUUUACAGCAAAUUAUGACAAUUAUUUAUAAAUGUUUGUAUAAAACUUAGAAAAAAAGCUGUGUAAUUUUUUUUAUUGGUUCUAUGAGGUGUUCAUACUGUAUGCCAAGAGUAGUUCUAUUGUUCCACCAACAAAUGCUAUCAUGAUCCAUUGAAUGUUUUUGUUUUGUUAAAAUUUUUUAUGUUUUAACUUUUUAUAUUUAUUGAUUCAUUGAAUUACAUUGUGGGAUGUGUUUUGUUUGUGUACAGUAUUUAUUUUCUCAUGCCAGACUGUAGAUUCAUGGAAAACAUUUUUAGAGAGACAUUUCAUUGAUGAUGUAGCUUUAGACUUAAAAGUAUGUCUCACAUGUUUGAAUGUAUGUUCUGAAUCAGGCUUUGCUUUCUACAUUAGGCAUCAUCUGAGCCUGCUGGGUUUUUCUUUUUAAAAUCAAAAAAGGUCUGUGUUUAAAAAUUUGUCAACACUACAUGCCUUCCAAGUGCAUGCAAACAAACAAAUUGGUACCGGUAUUUUAAAGUUUUUCACAAACAAAAUUAUAUGCAUAUCCUUCUAAGCUAACUCUAGUCUGAAGGUGUUUGAAUUUGCUUUACUAUCCAUGAGAGAGAAUACUUGAGUACCUUACUUAGAAAGAAUUUCAAAGCAAUAAAAAUUAAAUAAUUCAUCAGUCCAUGUUUAGCCAUAAUAAAGAUAAAGGUGCUCCAUCAGUAAUAGUAAUUCAGCAGAAGACACAAUUUUUGGCUUUAAAACUUAGUCUUUUUUUUUUUUUCUUGACAUUCUGGUUCUUGCUGGUACAAAAAGUUUGUUUUUCCUCAAGGCUAAAUGGUUUUCGUAUUAUUAUUACUCUUUCUGUCACUGCUUCACUUUGGUGUCAUCUCAGUCUAUAUUGUAAGACAGUCUUUAUAUUUCUUUGUUAUAACUGCGUAGACAUUUGCUAUUUUAACUGAUCUACAACAUAUGUAAAGUUUGUACUAAGACACAAGGAUGUACUAAUUUGUGUGUGUUGCUGUAUGUAUAUUGGCCUCAACCUUUUGUUUGAACUGAUGGUCUUCUUACAUGUUGUUGUUCCAGGGCUGGGGAACAUGUUCAGGACACCAGGGAACCAUGGCCAACAGCUGGAACUGAAAUUUUAGUCCCUUAUCUCACUUCAAGCUGGUUUGUGUAUUCCAAGCUGGAUAAGGGAAAGGAUUUACUUCCCCUGGGCAGUGUGAGAUAUCUGAGGAGUGAUGGUCCUUUGGUAGAACUGACCUGCUUCCUGUUACCCCCCUUCCCUGCAAACAAGUUGAUAUUUGCUCAUUCCAAGCUGGAUGUGUCACCCUCAACUGACAAAAACCUUUGUGUUUAUAAUUGUGUCACUGUCUAGUCCUAUUUGAAUGAGGUCAAGGUCAUUGAAAUCAUUAUUAACGUUUUGGAAUUAGUCAUUAGUUUUAUGUUUCACUCUAUAGACAGUAAUCUUUUUGUAACUUUUUUUUAAUAAUGCUUAUUACAUCUGAGCCAAAAUUAAAAGAACUUUUUUUUCAAUAUUUCAAUUAGAUAUAAUGUUGAGCCCAUAGGAUAAUAUUAGAAUAACUAUUGUUUAAAAGCAAAGGCUCUGGCCAUUAAUUCAAAUAAAAAGGUUAGGGAACAAAGCAUUUUCAAAUAAUUAUACAGUCACAUAACUUGUGAAACUUUAGCCUUCUAAAGGUAAGCCCUAGGCUUUUGUUUAAAUGGAUUUUCUUUUUUUGAGUAUCGAAAAUAUAAAAAAAUUAUAAAAUUUAGGUUUAUCUAUAACAUUUUCUAAUCAAUAAAAAAAAUGUUUUCAGUGCAUUUGUAAUAAGUUCUUUCAUGUAUAAACAUUUGAUAAAAUUGAGAUGGUAAAAAAUGGCCAGAAUUUCUGGUAGUCAAUAAAGUGUUUGUUUUCAAUCCUGAUUAUUUGUUUCUUGCAUGUACUAUUUGGAAGCUAAGAAACUGAAGAUUUUAAGACAUUUUUCAUUUUAAAACGUUUGUGGCUUAAUAGCCAUCUCUGUGCUCAUGUUUUAUUAAGUAAAAAGGUCUGAACAUUUUCAUGAUACAUCAAUAGGUCUGAACAUUUUCAUGAUACAUCAAUAGGUCUGAACAAUUUCUAGAUACUUAACAUAGGUCUGAACAAUUUCUAGAUACUUAACAUAGGUCUGAAUAAUUUCUAGGUACUUAACAUAGGUCUGAAUAAUUUCUAGAUACUUACAUAAGUCAGAAUAAUUUCUAGAUCUAUUUACUCUGAGAUAGUUGUGAAGAUUAUGUAGAUUAAAAUUGGUCUGAACAUUUUCCAGAUGGGUCUAAACAUAUUCUAGUUGCACUGACAUAGAUAAGUUAGAUCCCUGUUAUCCUUAGGGCUCAAUUUUAUCUUCUUUUUGCAAAUUGAAGGAAAUUUUAUAUGAUGUCAAUUGGUGACUUUCUUUGAUUCUGUGAAAUGUUGUCAUAAUUUAUUGUUGUUGCCUGUAAGUGUGUACUGAUGCUCCUCAUCAUUCUUUGAAUCAUUGCUGCCAACACGUUCAUCUUCUUGCAUAUAUACAUAUGUCAUGAUCAUUUGCACUGGUUUCUUAGUUGACUCUGUUAUAGUAUUAUGUCAUAUAAUUAUUCUGUUGACAUUUUUGUGUCUAUUGGCAUUGUUUUGAUAUUGUUUUUAUUUUUUAUUUGCUUUUUUUUCAUUUCUACUACCUCAUUACUAGUUGAUUGAUUUGCUUUUGUUUCUAGGGGCAAUAAUCGGAGUUACGGUAGAGACCAUAGUCUUAAUUUUUAUUUGAAGUCAGUGUAUUUAGUCUAGCUGUUAGUAGACCAUUCAAUAGUUACAUGAUUAGGGCAUACAUCAAGGAGCACAAGUUGAUGUAAUUAUAUAGGAAAUGUACAUUUUUUUAAUUUUUUUUUACUUUUAAACAACAACUACAACAGAAAAAAUGAAUUUUUUUUAUUUGUUCAUGUAGCAAUCCAUUAUUACAAUGUCAAUACAUUUGUUGCCCUUUUUGUCUUUGGACAAUAUUUUGCAUUCAGUUUUGACAAGAAUAGUUUUCUUCAGCCAAUGUCAACAAUUCAAUUUCUUUUUGUUUGACCACCAAGAGAAAGAUAUGCAAAAUGCCUUAAUGCUUCAUCACUUUUUAUUUCAUUUUUUUUGUUCCUGUGAAUAUUUCUCCACCUCUAGUAGCUCAGUGUGUCCUCAGUCUUUGUGUUAGCUUUGAAACUGAUAGUUCAACAACAAAGAAACAAGCAUGAAGAUUUUUUUUUUUUAUUUUUUUUUCUCAUGAGCACUUCCAAAGAGUAUUUUGAAAUGGCUAAUAUCAGUUGACUUGUUUCCAUGGCAACCUAGAGACUGGUCCUGUUACUAUUGGUUAGUUUUGUUUCGUUUCAGUGUACCUCCUAUUUGACAUGAAUGUAAACAAACCACUCAUUGGUCAGUAUUUAUACAAUAAACAAAUUAAUUCAAUAAAUGUACAUGUGUAGUCAUUUCA